GACCCAAAUUCGCACCCAAAAACACCCAAACCCGAACCCCACCCAAAAACCCUUCCCCUUCCCCUUCCUCGGUACUCUCGGCGAGUAAACCCUAACCCUAGCUCGCCAUGGCCGCCGCUCUCCUCCGCUUCUCCCCUCUCGGUUCCCCCUACUCCCACCGCUCCUCCCGCAACCCUAACCCUAACCCUAAUCUCCUCCUCCCCACCUCCAUCCCUUUCCCCUCCUCCUCCUCCUCCUUCGCCGCUGCCGCAUCUCUCCCAUUCCACCUCCUCAAAUCCCCGAACCCAGAUCUAUGCCGCCCCAUCCCCUCCCUCGGCGGCGGCGGUGGUGGCGACGGUCUCAAGCCUCCCGGCGCCGGUAGCGGCGGCGGCGGAGGCGCGGGGUGGAGCUCCGAUGGCUCCCCGCACGAGGAUCCCUCUGAUCCCUCCGGGCCUCUCGGGCUCUUUAUCGAAGGGUGGCGAGCUAGGGUUGCGGCGGAUCCGCAGUUCCCCUUCAAGGUCCUCAUGGAGGAGCUUGUCGGCGUGAGCGCCUGCGUCCUCGGCGACAUGGCCUCGCGCCCCAACUUUGGCCUCAACGAGCUCGACUUCGUCUUCUCCACCCUCGUCGUCGGAUCCAUCCUCAACUUCGUCCUCAUGUACCUCCUCGCCCCCACCUCCGCCGCCUCCGCCUCCGCCGCCGCUCUCUCGUCCCUCCCGAGCCACAUGUUCGAGCCCGGCCCCUACUCCCUCUUCUCGCGCCUCGCCACCUUCGUCUACAAGGGCGGGCUCUUCGCCGCGGUCGGAUUCGCCGCGGGGCUCGCGGGGACGGCGAUCUCCAACGGUCUCAUCGCAUUCCGCAAGAGGAUGGACCCGAAUUUCGAGCCACCGAACAAGCCGCCGCCCACGGUUCUUAAUGCCGGGACAUGGGCGCUGCACAUGGGCCUGAGCAGCAACUUCCGGUACCAGACUCUGAACGGAAUCGAGUUCUUGUUGGCGAGCGCGGCGCCGCCGCCCGUGUUCAAGGUCUCGGUGGUGGUGCUGAGGUGUUUGAAUAAUGUACUAGGCGGGAUGUCGUUCGUCAUGCUCGCGAGGCUGACGGGGUCGCAGAAGGUGGAGGAGAAGGGGGAUGGUGAGGAGAAGGAGAGGUUGAUAGGAGACGAAUCGGCGGUGGUGGCGGAAACUGCAGAGGAGCUACGGAGAGGCGAGGAGUCCAAGUAAGCGACAUAUUACCCCUUAAUUGAAUCUCAGCUUUAUGAAAAAUGGAAUUGUGGGAUUGAAUGAGGAUUUGAAUUGCGUCGUGAAAGACUAGUUUAAGGUAUUAGAUGUAAAAAUAUCUUCGUGGUUUUUACAAAUAAUGGAGAUAUUGAGGCAUUUUCCCUAGCUCUUGUUCUAGUUUGAUGUUGUGAAAUGACAAAAUGGUGCAAUUUUCAGUUCCAAUAAGUACAUGUUGAUGGCUUUUUGGUUAAUAAUAUCUUUUUAUGUUGUUUUCGGGGCCAUUGCGAGCUAAGUGAUGGAAAAUUCAACUUUGCUUGAAGCUAAUCCUGCUAGUGAGAAUGUCUCUUGAUUGGUAUUCUCCGCAUAGGCUUUGUUGUAUUACGUCGACUAGUGAUAUAUAAAUAUAGCAAGUUUUGUUAUUUA